CUGACCUACUUGAGGAGUGAAAAGAGGAACAAGUUCUAAACCAAAGCGGGUUUGAAACAUAACCAAAAGGACAAAAGAAAGCUUGGCAUACAAAUCUCAAGGGCUUUUCCUAUUAUUUUGAAGAAAGGGAACAGAUACAUUUACUUUCCUCAAAGGAAGCGGAGUUGGAUAAAAAUCCCUUCUGACGCAGUACAAUUAUACCAUAACAAUUGUGUAAUCAUCAGAUGCAACGAGAGCCAGCUUCCAAAAUCAAGGUUACUCAAUCUCUCCUCUGACACCAAGAUUUUGCCAUAUAAUGUCCUUUCAUAUCUGAAAUACCAAAACAAGCUUCAGAAAUUACUUUCAAACCAUACUUUAUGAGAAAUUACAGUGGCUUGUACCUGUGAAUUCAUUAAGGGCUUCACCAUAGUAACAAACGACAUUGUUCGUGCAGAGAUGCUGAAAAUCUGUGGAAAUACUUCAGUGGCCGUGUCUAUAGGAAUUUCCCUUCUUUUACUGUUGGUGAUCUGUGGAAUCGGGUGUGUUUGGCAUUGGAAACACAAGAAUACUAUGCAAUUUACCUUACCAAAGUUUUUGCAAAGGAGGAGAAGCAGGAGAAAAGAAGAUUGUACUAAAACAUUCUUCUUGAGUCCCCAGUUUAUCAGCCCAAGGCAUAAAAUCUCAGUUCAAACUCAAGACCGCCAUUCUGCUGGGAAGGACACUAACAUCCAUGACAACUAUGAAAAUGUGAAAGUGUGUCCUCCCAAAGCUAAAGGAGAAACGGACAAGAAACUGUAUGAAAAUACUUGGCAGGCCAAUGCUGAGGAGCAUAUCUACGGAAAUGAGACACAGUGUGACUAUUAUAAUAACUUCGAGAAGCCUAGUACUUCUGAAGCCCCUCAAGAGGAAGACAUAUAUAUUCUUCCAGAUUCAUAUUAAUUUUGCAAAUGUGUGUUUAGUUAUUGGAGGGUAAAUAUUUGCUGAGGCUUUAUUGUACUGAUACCAUCAAGUUCUUCUGUUGAAACUUGAUGAUCUCCUUUAUUGCCACCCUUCUGAAUCCUGUGUAUAUCACUGUGGACUAAUUCUAGAUAUCCUCGCCAUCCUUCUUGCCCUGGAUUAAUUCUGAAUUGUGUUUCAUUGAUUCUUCCUUCUGAGCAUUACUUGCUAUCUUUUUCUUCUUUUUCUAUCUGGACCACUUUUCUGGCUCGGGAUUGUCACCGUCUGCUCACUAGUCUUUCUGGCUUGAGUUCCUACAUACUCAGUGAUGCCGCAUAACUGCAGAAUCCUUGAGACGCUGCCAGAUUCGUCUUCAGAAAACAUUCCCAGUAGCCACAUCACUCCUCUGCAUAAAACCUCUUACUGUCUCCUCUUUGCAAAAGACAUACUACUCAGAAUUCUAACUCCAGAAUUUUACACAGUUCAAAUUUACUUUUCCAAUGAUUUAUGUUAAUCUCUCACUUCUCUGUGUUCAUCAAAACCUGCCAAACCCACCUCUCCUCCUCAGCUUUCCUUGUCUGCCCCCUCUUAAGCCUGCCUCGGACCAUAACUUCUUCCAUCUGAGUGUUUGAAUCAUUCCAAACCCACGUAUACCCUUUUUCUUUUCCUGGUGUCCUCUAGAUUUUGCUGUCUGUUCAGUUCUUUGGGCAUUUAAACAUAUGAGUGUUUGCAAUGGCAUUUUAUUAUUUAGUGUCAUGUGAAAAUGUCCUAAAUCCCAUACUAAAUAGUAAGGAACUGCCUCAUAUUCAUAUUUUAGCCCCAAUGUCUAUAGACUGCCAUAUGAGGCACUCAGUAUUGUUCAGUUGACAAGAAUUUAACUGUACUCUUCGCUAAGUACUUUUGAAAACAAUCUAAUAAAUCCAUCCAUCCAAGGAAUAUUUAUUGAGUACCUUCUAUUUACUUCUUAGCGUGCUGUACACAUGGACGGGGUAAAACAGUGAAAAGAAAGACAUGGGUCCUGAGCACACACUGCCUAGUGUGAAAGAAAAGACAAUCAACAACUACUAUGCUCUAUAUUAAGCUAUGAUACUUCUAAACCCACCGUUGUAUAUGCUGCUCUAAAUUGCUCAGGCUGGAACUCUGCAAACUACCUUUUUUCUUUGCCAGGUGUACCCACUUUAGGAUCUCUCAACAGGGGAAGGCUGGCAGGCAAUAAACAGGAAGCAAAGGGGGCCUGCCCCUUCUUGUUCUCCCUGUUGUCCUGAGAUGUACUCUUUUCAUUUAAUUUACUCCAGCAUCACUGGUGGUUCACAGUUUCCAGUUUCUUCCAGCACUCCUUAGAAGCAACUUCUUUGCACCUUGUCAGAGACGCCAGCACCACCAAGCAGCACCCUUCCCUUAGUAUCUGAGAACCAGCUCUUCCAGCCCGCCUCCAAGCUCCCAAGGGACCAGCAGGAACCAAACGGCACCUACAGCUCCUGGUCCCAGUCCCCCUCCAAGUUUCUGAUGAUCCCCAGUCUUAGGCCUUGACUCUGCAACUUCGCCCAGCUUCCACUGGGCAGGCUGUUUGUGUCUUUGGUGGCAGCACAGAAGGCAUGAGUUCCAGGUUCCAGUUUCCUCCCACUCAACCUAUAUGGUCAA